AUAUACACAUAUAUGUGAGUAUAUAAUCAAGAUGCCACACAUUAGCGAGGACGAGACGCUACUUCGAAGUAGAAAAUUGACACCUGAGCACGACCAAGAGAAUGAGAAUGACCAAGAUCAUGAGGACUAUGUGCAUAAGACUGGGACAAUUGAUGAUGGCACUGGUGAUGGAUCGAAUACAAAUCGCGAUAGUAAUUCUACAACGAAACCAAAAUCCUUAAAGACACGUAAACCGCGUCUAUUUUUCAAGCAAUUAAUGAACAAGGACGGUGCUAAUAGUAAAUACGUGCAACCAGCAAAAAUAACAACCGGAGCCUCACUGAUACCUGAUCUCAAUUUGAUAAUCAAUCGGAUGAGAGAAAUGCCAGAUGAUUCAUUUGUCUAUAUGAACUAUAUGCUGCCCCAUGAUAGUGAAUACUUUACGCCAUAUUCGUUACGGGAGGUGGAAUAUGAGAACUUGAAUAUCCAUGAACCGUUCUAUACGGUAACCCGUCACGGGGUCACCUAUUGGCAUUGUUCGGAGAAUUUCUUUACACCGCUAAAUCAAUGGCAACAGGAAUUCGAGCAAUUUUUAAGUAUCAUACAGAUCCGUGCCUUUUCCAUAUUUCGUCUCUGGAAGGGUUUCAAGGUGUGGGAGAAGACAGUGAAAUGGCGUAAAUUGAAUGCAGCACGAGAUUAUUUACAAAAUAAUCUAUUUAUUGCGAUACCCCAAUUGGCUAAAGCCAUAUUACGUAUGCGUUCCGAUAUUGUGCAAAUGGAACGUUUGAAUUUUGUUAAUAUAAGCAAUAUCGAGAAUUGGCAUCCAUUUUAUUUCCUUGAAAUGCAUAUGCGUAUCUAUGAGCAAUUGCAUCGUGUGUUUCAUGAUUUUCGGGAAUAUGUUGGCAAGAUUUUAUAUCGUGCUUGUACGGAUGCUAUACGGGCUCGUGGUUUCUUUCCGGAAGAUGAAAUCAAUUAUUAUCCAUCUUUAAAGAAAAUGCGUGAAUCUCAUAGCUUUAUGGAUCGAGCACGUAAACGGGCCUUUUGCAAAACUCUUACCAACUUUCUCUCUUAUUGUGAUAUGAUGGUCUAUCAGAUGUUAUAUCGUGUGACUAUCAAAGGUUUUGCCGACUUGGCGUUUGCCUUUGAGGAGCAUGAUGAAUGUGGACCAUCGGAUCUUGAAAUCACACGGCAUAAUCGUGUGGAUAGGGCCAUUGAGCGUACACGUCCGCCUGAAAAGCCACAGAGUCCAUUCUUUUUGGCCAUGUUACGUCUAUUGCCCGAUCGUAUUGAUGUGGAGCCAUCUGAAGAUGUUAUACGUCUUAUAUUUCAACGUAUAACUAGCUUAAUAUUGGAAACAGUAUUGGACAUACAUCCCUUGACCACAGAUCCGACAUUUACCCAAUAUACGCAGCCAUCGAUAAUGGGACGCCAGGAGGAAGUUCUGUAUGAUGGAGCACCGGAUUUGCAUUAUCUAUUACGUACGGAUAAUCGUUUUCAAUACAAUCGGAAAAAUAUGUUUAUAUUGCUGCGUAAGGCCUAUGAAAAGGCUCGUCUCUAUACGGCACGAUUUCAGAAUAUACGUGAAAACUAUGAGAUUGAUACGGGAACGGAUCCUGCUGUCUUGAGCGCUGAACGCGAUCUGCAAGCCCUGCGAGACUAUUGCGAUCGGUAUUGCAAUAAUGUACGGGCUCUUGAUGGCAUCUUGGAGUAUAUAUAUUUGGGUCUAUUGAAAUUAACUCAGACCAAUUUCAAAGAGACUGUUACGCCGGUUUGUCAGCGAUUGCAGAAUGUUUUGGCCACAUAUUUGCCCAAAUUGGUGGAGGAGGAGACAACACGUCUUUAUGAGGAGGCUCAGAACUUUUUCGGACGCAUCUGCUAUGAGCCGCACGAGACAUUGGAAUUGGUGGCUCAUAUACGUUUCCUGGAUAAUUGCGAUGAGGAAGUGAAUGAGAUAUUCAAGGGCAUUGAUUAUGUCCAUGAUUUGUUGUUAAUUAUUAAAGAUUUCAAUAUACCCAUCGAUGAUGAGCGUAAAGAGGAUUAUAUGGACACUGAGGAUUAUUUGAAUCGUACGAAGGAAACUCUUAAAGAGAUCCAAGAGAAGCGACAAGAUUUCAUUAAUCAAUUGGAUGAGGCCAUGCAGGAUGAUAUAUUGACACUGAAAGAGGAUAUACAUGAAGUGGCCAUUGAGGCAUUAGAGCCAUGGUUACUUAAUUCUAAAUCCGAACGAAAUGGAGUAACAAAUAAAUUAGAAUCCCUAUUAAAUCGCCUCAAUGCCUGUCGCACACGAGCCGAAGAAUUUUUGGGCUAUCAAAAGGAGUUCCGCAUCGAUUUGACCAUGUACGAGGAAAUGGAUCAAGGCUUCUACGAUAUACGUAUGCGACAGAAUCUCUACACAACUCUCGUGGAUUGGGAACAGGGCCUGAGUGAAUGGCAUGCGGCUGAAUUCAAUAAUUUGGUUGUGGCCGAUAUGAUAGAGCUUAAUGCCAAAACUAUUAAGAAUUGUCUACAAUUUCAAAAAUAUUUACCCGAAAAUAAUAUUGUGCCCGUAUUACAAAAAUCGGCCGAGGACUUUAGAGAGAAACUUCCCGUAAUUGGUUAUCUGCGUAAUCCUAAUCUAAGAGCGCGUCAUUGGACUGAAAUCGAGGAUUUGCUGAAUCGAAAAUUCUUUCAAGAGAAGGAUAUCACAAUUGCCUCAUACGAUGAGGUUCAUGCCUUCGACGAUGAACGGAAUGCUGAGGCUCUAAUGCAAAUCUCCUCACAAGCCACUGGUGAAAUGCAAUUAGAGAGUAUGCUCAAGAAUAUUGAGGGCAUAUGGAAAGAAACAGAAUUGGCCAUUGUAUCGCAUCAUGAUCAGAAGGAUGUCUUCAUAUUGGCGGGAACCGAAGAAUUGCAAACGGUAUUAGAUGAUUCCAAUGUGAAUAUAAAUACAAUAGCUGCCUCAAAAUUUGUGGGACCCAUCAAAUCCAAGGUUGAUGAAUGGAUUGUGGCCAUGGAUCAGUUUGGCAAGACAUUUGAGGCUUGGAUGGAUUGCCAAGGUGCCUGGAUCUAUUUGGAGGCAAUUUUCGCCUCGGCUGAUAUACAACGUCAAUUGCCAAAUGAGGCGAAAAUGUUUUUUCAAGUCGACAAAAGUUUCAAAGAGAUUGUUAGGCAUGCCAAAAAGGUGGCUCUGGCUUUGCCCACCAUGUCCAAUGUGGAAAUUUAUGACACUCUGGUGGAGAAUAAUCGUCUACUUGAUUUAAUAACACGCGGCUUAGAAGCCUAUUUGGAGGUGAAACGUGUUGUCUUUCCCAGAUUUUAUUUCUUGUCAAAUGAUGAACUUUUGGAGAUUUUGGCUCAAACGCGUAUACCUCAAGCGGUUCAACCGCAUUUACGUAAAUGCUUUGAUGCCAUCUAUCGUCUGGAAUUUGGCCAAAAGGAGGGUGGUGAUGGUAAAAUAAUUGCAACCAAUGAUAUUAUAGCCUAUCUAUCGCCAGAGGGUGAGAAAUUGCAAUUCGGGAAGGGGCUAAAGGCACGCGGAGCUGUCGAGGAAUGGCUUAGUAAAGUCGAGGAGGCAAUGUUUGUGUCCGUAAAGCGUUAUAUGCGCUUCGGCUAUCAAUGCUAUCCGGCUAAAGAGCGUGAGGAUUGGUUUCAAGAUCAUCCAAAUCAAGUGGUUCUAACCGUAUCCCAAGUGCAAUGGGCUGCCGAUAUCCAUCGCAUCUUCGAGGCCAAAGAUACAAAUCCAGCGAAUAUUAUGGAGAAAAUGUCCAAAUUUGAGACGAAAUGUCUAAAAGAUUUGGGUGCUCUGGCCGCUCUAACACGUAAAAAUAUAUCCGGUUUAUUGCGUAAAGUAUUGUGCGCCCUAAUCACAAUAGAUGUCCAUGCCAAAGAUUCGGUACGAAUGCUUAUCGAAAAGGAAGUCUGCAAGCCGAACGACUUCAAUUGGCUGAAAAUGCUGCGUUUCUAUUGGGCCAAUGAAACGGAAACAGUUUAUUCUCGCAUGGCAGCCGCCAAUAUACCCUAUUAUUAUGAGUACCUUGGUGCUGGCGGUGUCUUGGUCUUAACCCCAUUGACAGAUCGUUGUUAUCUCUGUCUAAUGGGUGCCUUUCAAAUGGAUUUGGGUGGUGCUCCAGCUGGUCCCGCGGGCACUGGUAAAACGGAAACCACCAAAGAUUUGGCCAAAGCAUUGGCCAAACAAUGUGUCGUCUUCAAUUGUUCGGAUGGCCUCGACUAUAAGAUGAUGGGACGCUUCUUUUCGGGUUUGGCUCAGUGUGGUGCCUGGUGUUGUUUCGAUGAAUUCAAUCGUAUCGAUAUCGAAGUGUUGUCUGUCAUUGCCCAACAAUUGAUAACCAUAAGGACAGCUAAAGCAGCGAGGGCUAAGCGUUUCAUGUUCGAGGGCCGUGAGAUUAAAAUAAAUCGUUCAUGCUGUGUCUUCAUUACCAUGAAUCCUGGUUAUGCAGGACGUACCGAACUGCCUGAUAAUCUGAAGGCACUUUUCCGUCCCAUUUCGAUGAUGGUGCCGGAUUAUGCUCUCAUUUCGGAGGUUAUCUUGUAUUCGGAGGGCUUCGAGGAUCCCAAGAUAUUGGCCCGCAAAAUGGUCCAAAUGUAUCAGUUGUGCAGUCAGCAAUUGAGUCAACAGAAUCAUUAUGAUUUCGGUAUGCGUGCCGUGAAAUCGGUUUUAGUUAUGGCCGGGGCAUUGAAACGAGCCUCGCCCGAUCAGCGAGAGGAUAUCACCCUGAUUGCGGCCCUGCGGGACUCGAAUAUACCGAAAUUUUUGGCCGACGAUGCCAUACUGUUCCGUGGCAUAUUAAGCGAUCUGUUCCCCGGGGUGGAAUUGCCCGAUUCCCAGCAUCCCGAUUUGGAGGGAAGUCUGCGGCUUGGCUUGAGGCAGAAGAAUUUACAACCCGUACCGACGACCAUACGGAAAUGUUUGCAAUUGUAUGAAACGAUGUGUGUGCGGUGGGGCGUUAUGCUGGUGGGUCCCACCGGAGGUGGCAAAUCGGUGGUGCUGCAUGCCCUUGAAUUUGCCUUGGCGCAUCUCUUUGAGAAUGAGGUGGCCGAUCCGAAUUUCCGUCCUGUCGUCAUCCAGACAAUGAAUCCCAAAGCUGUCACCAUGAACGAACUCUACGGCUAUGUGGAUCCAAAGACUUUGGAAUGGCAAGAUGGUUUGCUGGGCAUUGCCGUACGCACGGCGGUCAAUGUCGAGGAGGAAAUCCAUCAAUGGAUCAUGUGUGAUGGCCCAGUGGAUGCUGUGUGGAUUGAGAAUCUUAAUACAGUCCUCGAUGAUAAUAAAAUGUUAUGUUUAGCAAAUUCAGAGCGUAUCAAACUCACCGCCUGGAUACAUAUGCUAUUCGAGGUACAGGAUCUGCUGCAAGCCUCGCCAGCCACUGUCUCCCGUUGCGGUAUGGUCUAUGUGGAUCCAGCCGAUCUCGGUUGGAUACCCCUGAUCGAUACGUGGCGUGAAACUGAUAUGGGCAAAAGGUUACCCGCAUCGUUGGCCGAGUUUUUAUAUCAAUUGUUUGUCACCUAUUUCGAUAGAGCCCUGAAAAUUGAACGUAAACGUGCCGCCUACACUAUCCAUCAAGUUCUGGGUUCCAAAGUGCGUUUAUGCUGUGAAUUAACCUCAUCUCAAUUGAAUGAGUUAAACUGGUCCAUGAUGGCGGAGGAUGUGGCUAAGCCGUUGAUAACUAAAAUCUUUGCCUGGAGUGUUCUCUGGGCCAUUGCCUCGAAUCUAAAGGAUCCAGAGAAAAUCUCAUUCGAAGAGCAAUGGAGUCGUGCCAUGGCUUUGCAUCCCAAUAUGGAAUUACCAAAUCAUAGCAUGUGGAAUUAUCGUGUGGACUUGCAGGCCAAAGAUUGGGGCAAAUGGAUUGAUAUAAUGGCGAAAUUUACAUUCAAUCCGGAGAUAUCCUAUUAUGAUAUGCAGGUGCCAACAGUGGAUACCACAAAAUAUGGCUACGUGGCUGAUUUGCUCUUCAAGCGUGAUUAUCCGGUCAUGGUUACCGGUGAGACGGGAGUGGGUAAAACAGUUUUAGCCGUUAGCUGCAUGAAACGCCUCUCGGAGGGCAAAGUCAUACCCGUUGUCCUGAAUUUCUCCGCCCAGACGAGCAGUGUUCGCACCCAGGAGAUGAUCGAGGGACCUCUCGAGAAGCGCAAACGCACACAACUGGGUGCUCCCAUGGGCAAGACUGUCAUCAUAUUUAUUGAUGAUGUUAAUAUGCCCAAAUUGGACACAUAUGGCAGUCAACCGGCCAUAGAACUUUUGCGACAAUUUCUCGACUUUAAAGGCUUCUACGAUCGGGAGAAGCUCUUCUGGAAGGAUAUACUGGAUGUGGUAUUGGGUUGUGCUUGUGCACCGCCCGGUGGUGGUCGUAAUCCUCUAACACCACGAUUCAUCCGUCAUUUUGCUUUAUUCUCGCUGCCCAAACCCAAUGAGGAGACGUUGACGCAAAUUUUCAAUGGCAUUCUAUUUGGUUUCCUGGAGACCUUCUCAUCGGCCAUACGAUCGCUAUCCGAGAAAAUGGUCCAUGCCUGUGUCGAUGUCUAUAUGCGAGUGGCAAAUGUUAUGUUACCCACGCCGGAUCGUUCACAUUAUAUAUUCAAUUUGCGUGAUCUAUCCAAGUGUAUACAGGGCAUAUUGCAGGCAAAUAAUCUCUAUUAUAAUGCCGAGAGUCAGAUAUUACGUCUGUUCUAUCAUGAGACAACACGAGUUUUUCACGAUCGUCUUAUCAAUGUGGACGAUAAGAAUACAUUCAAGAAACUAAUGCAUGACGUUUGCAUGGAUCAUUUUGGACGCGAAGUUGUUCAGGCCGAUGAACCGGCCAUACUUUUCGGUGACUUUAUGAUCUUUGGUAAACCCAAGAACGAACGUAUCUACGAGGAGAUCAAGGAUCAUGCCAAGUUGGAGAGUGUCCUCAAUGAUUAUAUUGUCGAUUUCAAUACCAUGUCUGCGGGUAAACAUAUGAAGUUGAUUUUAUUUCAAGAUGCCAUGGAGCAUACGGUACGAUUGGCCCGCCUCUUGCGUAGUGAUCGUGGCAAUGGUCUAUUGGUGGGUGUGGCCGGCAUGGGUAAACAAUCGCUAACCCGUUUGGCAUCGCAUGUCAAUGAAUACAAUUGCUGGCAAAUUGAGAUGAGACGGAAUUAUGAUUUGAAUGCAUUUCAUGAGGACUUGCGUGUUCUUUAUCGCAUAGCUGGCAUUGAAAAUCGUCCAGUAACAUUUUUGCUUAUCGAUAGCCAAAUUGUUGAAGAGGAAUUCCUUGAGGAUAUAAAUAAUAUUUUGAAUUCCGGUGAGGUUCCCAAUCUCUUUGAGGGCGAUGAGUAUGAAAAAAUUAUUCUAGAUGCUCGUGAUGCAUGUAAUGAAUCGAAAAAGGAUCAGGGCUGCGUUCGGGAGGAGAUCUACAAAUUCUUUAUCAAUCGUGUGCGCAAUAAUUUACAUGUGGUCAUGUCCAUGAGUCCGGUGGGUGAUGCCUUUCGACGACGUUGCCGCAUGUUUCCAUCUCUUGUGAAUUGUACGACCAUCGAUUGGUUUACCAGCUGGCCGACUGAGGCUCUCUAUUCGGUGGCUUUGGGUCUGUUAACCAAAAUAGCACCCAAUAUGGAUGAUCGUGUAUCAUUGGCCAGCACAACAGUCUUUAUGCAUAAGACCGUCGAGGAGGCUUCAGUGCGGUUCUAUAAGGAAAUGAAACGACAUUACUAUACCACACCCAGCAGUUAUUUGGAGCUAUUGAAACUCUAUCAGAAUCUCUUAAAGGUGAAGAAUCAAGAGAUCAUAGCCAAACGCAAACGUAUUGCCAAUGGCCUGAAUAAACUACUGGAAACCAAUGAAGUGAUAGCAGUUAUGCAAAAGGAACUAGAAGUUAUGGUCCCACAACUGGAUGAGAAAUCCGCUCUAAUGAAAUCUCUUCUCGAGAAUCUAACCAAGGAGACCAAACAGGCCGAUGCUGUUAAACAAGGUGUCAUGGAGGAUGAGGCCAAUGCCAAGGAGAAGGCAGCUGUGGCCCAGGCCAUAUCGGAGGAUGCUAGCAAGGAUUUGGAAAUUGCUAUGCCAGCUCUACGUGAAGCUGAAGACGCCCUCAAGGGUCUAACCAAGGCCGAUAUUAAUGAAUUGAAAUCGUUUACCACACCACCAGCAUUGGUGCAAUUUUGCAUGGAGGCUGUUUGCAUUCUCCUGGGUGCCAAACCCACUUGGGCCUCGGCCAAGGCAAUUAUGGCGGAUAUUAAUUUCAUAAAGCGUCUCUUUGAAUACGACAAGGAGCACAUGAAGGAUGAUGUGAUUAAAAAGAUCAAAAAAUAUAUCGAUCACAAGGACUUUGUGCCAGCUAAAUUUGAAAAAGUCUCAAAGGUGGCCAAAUCGGUAAGCAUGUGGGUCAUUGCCAUGGAUAAAUUCUCCAAGGUCUAUAAAGUGGUUGAGCCAAAAAUUAAACGCAAAGAAGCCGCUGAAGCAGAGCUUAAGGAUGUCAUGACCAUAUUGAGGCAAAAGCAAAAGGAAUUGGCUGCUGUUGAGGCCAAAAUUCAGGGAUUACGCGAUAGCCUGGAAGAGAAACAACGUGAAUUCCAAGUGAUUCAGGAUAAUGUGGAUCUCACCUAUGGACGUAUCAAUCGUGCUGGUCGUCUAACAGCCGCUCUGGCCGAUGAGCAAAUCCGUUGGCGUGAGACAGUCAAAUCCCUGACUGCCGAUCUGGCCUGUGUGCCGGGUGAUGUCCUGGUGGCGGCCGCUUGUGUUGCCUAUUUGGGUGCCUUCUCCAAUGAGUAUCGUCGUGAUAUGAGCAGCCUGUGGGUAACCAAAUGCCGUGACCAUAAAAUUCCAUCCAGUCAAGAGUUCAACCUAUUGAAAGUUCUCGGUGAUGCGUAUGAGAUGCGUCAAUGGAAUGUUGAUGGCUUACCCAAGGAUAAUAUAUCCGUUGAGAAUGGCAUCUAUGCAACGAGAGCAUUGAGAUGGGCCCUAAUGAUUGAUCCACAGGAGCAGGCAAAUCGCUGGAUACGCAACAUGGAGAAGGAUAAUAAUUUGCAAGUCAUCAAAAUGACCGAUGCCUCUAUGAUGCGUGUCCUAGAGAAUAGUGUACGACAGGGUUAUCCCGUAUUGCUGGAGGAAUUGGAUGAGACCAUAGAUCCAGCAUUACGACCCAUACUCCAGCGUGAGACAUAUAAAUUUGAGGGACGUAUAUAUCUAAAACUGGGCGAUCAGGUUAUCGAUUAUGAUGAUAAUUUCAAGCUAUAUAUGACCACCAAAUUGCCCAAUCCUCAUUAUUUGCCCGAAGUGUGCAUUAAUGUGACUCUCGUCAAUUUCCUAGUUACCAAAAGUGGUCUUGAGGAUCAACUACUGGCAGACAUUGUGGCCAUUGAAUUGCCUGCCAUGGAGGUGCAACGAAAUGAUCUUGUGGUCAAAAUCAAUUCCGACAAGCAACAAUUGUUAUCCCUUGAGGAUAAAGUGUUGAAGCUACUUUUCAAUUCCGAGGGAAAUAUCCUUGACGAUGAGGAGCUUGUAGAAACUCUUAACGAUGCCAAAGAAACAUCUCUAAUUAUAGCUGCCCGUCUUAUCGAUACAGAGGAAACGGAGAAAAUUAUAACUGCUUCACGUGAACGUUAUCGUAUCUUGGCCUCACGUGGUGCUAUUCUAUAUUUUGUCGUUGCUGGUUUAGCCGAAAUCGAUCCCAUGUAUCAAUAUAGUUUGAAAUAUUUCACUCAAGUUUUCUGCAAUGUCCUGCGCCUUGAUCAUCCGCCAAUGGGUACAGAACAACGUAUUGUUGCCCUCAUGACCGAUGAACUGAAAGCCAUCUAUGAUAAUAUAUGUCGCGGCCUAUUCGAGAAUCAUAAGAUCAUAUUUAGUUUCCUGCUAGCCCUCUCGGUGGAACGUCAAGAGGGACGCGUUUCGGAUGAAGAGUUCAAUUUCCUGACCCGUGGCGCUGUCGGUAAUAUACGGGUGAAAGCUCAGCCAACGACGACGAAACUAAGUCAAAUGGAAUGGGAUGCUUGCAUUUAUUUGGAGGAUAAUUUCCCAGAUACAUUUGCCGGUUUGACUGAUGAUAUAGCCAAUCCAUUCUAUAUCCAACUGCAAGACAAUAAAGAGAUAUACGAUUUUGCUCAGAAAAAAUCAACGGAACCCAGUGAUAAAUGGAAUAAACGUUUACGUGUUUUUCACAAACUAAUGUUUGUGGCCACAUUCCGGAAACCACGUUUUCUCCUCAAUGUGGUCAGUUAUCUGCAUGCCACCGUGGGUAAAUAUUUCACUGAAGUCUCUGCAGCGGGUACACAAUUGAGCACGGUCUUUCAGGACACUUCAUGUGUAACACCUUUGAUCUUUGUGCUAUCUACUGGAUCAGAUCCCAUGUCGGGAUUUCUUAAAUUCACCAUUGAAAUGCAAUAUACAGAGAAAUAUUAUUCCAUUUCAUUGGGCCAGGGUCAAGGCCCAGUGGCUGAAAAUCUAAUUGAUAAAAGUCUACGUAUGGGUCAUUGGGUUUUCUUGCAAAAUUGCCAUUUGGCCACCUCAUGGAUGCGUACACUGGAGACAAUAGUGCGUAAUCUAACAUUGGGCAUAACGAAAGCUCAUCCCGAUUUUCGUUUAUUCCUCUCAUCGAUGCCAAUCAAAGAGUUUCCAAUAAGUGUCUUGCAAAAUUCUGUGAAAAUAACCAAUGAACCACCAAAGGGCAUCAAGGCAAAUGUGAUUGGUGCUUUGGCCGAUUUGAAAAAGGAUUUCUUUGAGCAACAUGUCCAGAAUGCCAAUUGGCGUGCCAUUGUCUUUGGUCUCUGUAUGUUUCAUGCUGUCCUCCUGGAGCGACGAAAAUUCGGUCCGCUCGGAUGGAAUAUCAUGUACGAGUUCAAUGAGAGUGAUCGGGAAUGUGGUCUCAAAACUUUGGAUUUCUUUAUCAAUCGUUCUGUCCUGGAGGAUAUACCAUGGGAGGCAAUUCUCUAUAUUAAUGGUGAAAUCACCUGGGGUGGCCGUGUCACAGACUAUUGGGAUUUGCGUUGUCUGCGUACGAUUCUGAGAAUAUUCUCAUCGGAUCGUAUAACACAACCGCAAUAUAAAUAUUGCCGUGGCGAUAGCGAUUAUCGUGAUCCACGCAAAGCCACACUGAAAGAGUAUUCAGAUUUUGUACAAGGUUUCCCUGUGCUCGAAGAUCCAGAGAUAUUUGGCAUGAAUCAGAAUGCAAACAUUGUAUUCCAGACCAAAGAGACAGAUUUCUUUGUGUCCACUUUGCUCUUGGGACAGCCACGCUCAUCCGCGGAUGAGGGUCAGGCGGCUGAGAAUGAUAUUUGUAUGCAAAUGAUUGGUAGAAUACAAAAAUCAUUGGCCACUAAAAUCAAACGUGAACCCUUACAUGAUACAUUAUCUGUGUUGGAUAACAAGGGUCAAGUGCCAUCAUUGACCACUGUCUUGGUACAGGAAAUCGAUAGAUUUAAUAUAGCUUUAAAUAUCAUACAUGAGAGCCUUAGCAAUUUGGAUAAAGCCAUACGUGGUCUGGUUGUUAUGUCCGAAGAAUUGGAAAAUAUAUUUAAAGCACUUUUGGCCAAUUUGGUGCCAAAUGCAUGGGCUAAACGUAGUUUUCUAUCGAUAAAACCCUUACCCAAUUAUAUUGUGGAUUUUCAGCGACGCAUUGAUUUCAUUCAACAUUGGGCCGAGAAUGGGGCACCGCGUUCAUACUGGAUAAGUGGUUUCUUCUUUCCACAAUCCUUCCUCACUGGCAUCCUACAGACAUAUGCCCGGCGACGCACCUUGCCAAUUGAUUCCUUGAAAAUUGAUUUCGAAGUCGUCGAAAAGGAGCUGAUACAACAGAAUUUCUUUGAGCUUCACAAUGCUGAUAGUGGCAAUGAUGCCAAACUCUAUGGCAAUUUGCCUGAAUGUACUGAUGCCAUUAUCCAUGUCCAUGGUAUAUUUAUUGAGGCCGCUCGCUGGGAUUUGGAACGUGGUGGCCUUUGUGAUGCGAAAUUCGGUGAACUUUAUACACGUUUGCCUGUGGUCAAAUUUAUGCCAUGUUUGGAAGUCUCAUCAUUGGUACGCUACGAGGCUCCGCUCUAUAAGACUCAACAGCGUUCGGGUGUCCUGUCAACGACAGGACAUUCGACCAAUUUUGUUCUAUCCGUGCUUUUGCGUAGCAAUAAUGAACCAGAAUUUUGGAUAAUGCGUGGCACUGCCUUGGUAUCGGGUGUCGUUGAAAAUGUAUCGUAAGCUAAAUCAAAUGAAACACUGUGUCUGUAUUUAGCUGCCAUAUAUAUAUAUAUAUAUAUAGAUCUUUAUUUCAUUUCUCUUGUAGAGAAAAACUCAUAUAUCAUGUAUUGUAAAAAUGAUGAUAAAGAUAAAUUGUGUAUAUAAAGGU